UUCUUCAAUUUUAAGAUGUUUUACUUAGAAGAUGAUAGUGAAGAUGAGGAGAAGGUUCACAAAGGCUUACUAAGUAAAACUCAAGCUGUUUACCCUGGCAAGGCCCCUCCUGGUAUCCUGUCACAAACCAUGAAUUAUGUGGGCCAGCUGGCUGGGCAGGUGCUUGUCACCGUGAAGGAGCUCUACAAGGGCAUUAACCAAGCCACACUGUCAGGGUGCAUCGAUGUUGUCGUGGUGCAGCAGCAGGAUGGCACCUAUCAGUGUUCACCUUUUCACGUGCGGUUUGGGAAGCUGGGAGUCCUGAGAUCCAAAGAGAAAGUGAUCGAUAUAGAAAUUAAUGGCAAUGCAGUGGAUCUUCACAUGAAAUUGGGUGACAAUGGAGAAGCUUUCUUUGUGGAGGAGACUGAAGAAGAAUAUGUAAGUUCUCCACAAGGAUCUUCAAAUGCUUCCUUAAAGGAAGAAGAAUUUAAGGAGCCUUUGCUCUUCCAUUCUGGAGAUCACUACCCCUUAUCUGAUGGAGAUUGGUCCCCAUUAGAGAACACGUAUGUCCAGGCAGUAUGUCCUAAGAGUGAUUCAGAGCUGGAGGUGAAACCUGCCGAGAGCCUGCUCAGAUCUGAAUCUCACAUGGAAUGGACAUGGGGCGGGUUCCCAGAGUCCACUAAGGUCAGCAAAAGAGAAAGAUCUGACUACCAUCCUAGGACAGCUACAAUUACACCAUCAGAAAAUACCCAUUUUCGGGUAAUUCCAAGUGAGGAUAGCCUCAUAAGAGAAGUAGAGAAAGAUGCUUCCAUUGAAGAUACUGUCUGUACCAUAGUGAAACCCAAACCCAGAGCCUUGUGUAAGCAGAUGAGUGAUGCGACGUCUGCUGCAGAACUUCUUGAACCUCCUCUUGCAACUCCUCAGAUUUCAUCUAUGUUAGAUGCAGACCACCUUCAUAGCCCAUCUUUAGCGGAAACUGCCUCAGAACCCAAACCAACGGCUAAAGUAGACUCACCAUCAAAGAAGAAAGGUGUCCACAAGAGAAGUCAGCACCAGGGACCUGAUGAUAUUUACCUCGAUGACUUAAAGGCUCUAGAACCUGAAGUUGCAGCUCUCUAUUUCCCUAAAAGUGAAACGGACCCUGGCUCCAGGCAGUGGCCCGAGUCUGACACACUCUCUGGCUCCCAGUCCCCACAGUCUGUGGGAAGUGCAGCUGCAGAUAGUGGCACCGAGUGCCUCUCAGAUUCUGCCAUGGACUUGCCCGAUGUCACCCUUUCACUAUGUGGGGGCCUCAGUGAAAAUGGAGAAAUUUCUAAAGAAAAAUUCAUGGAGCAUAUCAUUACUUAUCACGAAUUUGCAGAAAACCCUGGACUUAUAGACAAUCCUAAUCUUGUAAUUCGUAUAUAUAACCGUUACUAUAACUGGGCUUUGGCUGCUCCUAUGAUCCUUAGCCUACAAGUAUUUCAGAAGAGUUUGCCUAAGGCCACUGUUGAGUCCUGGGUUAAAGACAAGAUGCCAAAGAAAUCUGGCCGCUGGUGGUUUUGGCGGAAGAGAGAAAGCAUGACUAAGCAGCUGCCAGAGGCUAAGGAGGGAAAGUCCGAGGUGCCGCCAACCAGUGACCUACCAUCAAGUACUGAAGAGCCAGCCAGUGCCAGGCCAGCUGAGGAUGACACAUCCAGUGAUGAGGGGUCACAAGAGCUUGAAGAAUCCAUCAAAGUGGACCCCAUCCCCACAGAGACCAUGAGCCACAGCAGCACAACUUCAUAUAAGAAGUCUCUCCGACUCUCCUCAGACCAGAUAGCAAAAUUGAAGCUCCAUGAUGGCCCCAAUGAUAUUGUGUUUAGUAUUACAACCCAGUAUCAAGGUACCUGCCGUUGUGCAGGUACCAUUUACCUGUGGAACUGGAAUGACAAGAUCAUCAUUUCUGAUAUCGAUGGAACAAUAACCAAGUCUGAUGCUUUGGGGCAGAUUCUCCCACAACUAGGUAAAGACUGGACUCAUCAGGGUAUAGCAAAGCUCUAUCAUUCCAUUAAUGAGAAUGGCUACAAGUUUCUGUACUGUUCCGCUCGUGCCAUUGGCAUGGCUGACAUGACCCGUGGCUACUUGCACUGGGUCAAUGACAAGGGCACAAUCUUGCCCCGGGGUCCUCUGAUGUUGUCCCCCAGCAGCUUGUUCUCCGCUUUCCACAGGGAAGUAAUAGAAAAGAAACCAGAGAAGUUCAAGAUUGAAUGUCUCAAUGAUAUUAAGAACCUGUUUGCCCCAUCCAAGCAGCCCUUCUAUGCUGCCUUUGGAAACCGUCCAAACGAUGUUUAUGCUUACACACAAGUUGGAGUUCCAGACUGUAGAAUAUUCACCGUGAAUCCUAAGGGUGAAUUAAUCCAAGAAAGGACCAAAGGAAACAAAUCAUCGUAUCAUAGGCUGAGUGAGCUUGUGGAGCACGUGUUCCCACUUCUCGAUAAAGAACAGAAUUCUGCCUUUUUGUGCCCAGAGUUCAGCUCUUUCUGCUACUGGCGAGACCCAAUCCCUCAUGUGGACCUGGAUGACCUGGCCUGAAGUGGCACCUGUGGCAGGGGUAAUGGGGAGGUGUAGUCACUCUCCUCACAGCAGGGAAGGUGACCUAUCCUGUGGACAAGGAUCCAGGGCUGACAGUGGGGCACCUGCUUUCUAGAGCAGGGACAGGGCCCCUGGAGCUGGCACAGCCACCCUCCUUCACCUUCCUAGGCUAUUGCUCAGCCCUCGGAAGGAGGAGAGAGGGGCUCAGCCUGAGUUAAAGCCCUUGUGCUCUGUCACACAUGGGCCUUCACACGUGCUUCCUGCGGAGUUGUGUACUGGGCACUCCUUCAAUUUUCGUAACUUAAAAGGAAGAAAACAGAAGUUAAAGAAUGGACCAAAACGUUACACAAAGUAAAGUGUUAACAAUUUCUACUGAGCAGUUGAGAUUGUCUCUCUAUAACCAGGGCUUUCUUCAGAGGGUCCGGUCCACUGAACUGCCACAGAUCCAGUUGUGAUGCUGGCUGAAACUAUCUGUGAACAUCUUUCCUCUGGGUUCCUCCAUUUCUGCACAUUGAAACAGAAUAGCUGCUCGCUGUGCCAAGUUGGGUGGGCCCCCAGGGCUUAUGCACCAGAGCCACUGAACCCAGACCCACCAACAUGAACUUCUGGGGAGAAAAUCCCCUUGGAUAAUCAGUUUCUUAUCUAUGACUACUCUAUGGUGAGAGGCCUUUAAGUUAUUUCUUAGACAUAGCUGAAGAAUAGAUUUAUAUUUGAUGUCUAGAAUAAUGUGGGAUUUUGAGUUUCAAAACAAAGAACACCAACACAGAAAUGCAAGUACACAGUUGCAGUGGGUCAUGGGGAUAGCCCUUUUCUCUGUCCUUGUGCCUAUUGCCUGGCUUAGAUGGGGCUUUAGGUAUCUUGCUUUGGGACAGGAUUUCUAAAAUUCCAUGCUUCAAAUUAGUCAGGGAAGCACAAUGAAGCUUGCAUAAAGGCCACUGGCCGGUAGUUUUGGCUUUGUCAUCACAACCCUAUGUUAAAUUCUAUAAAAACCAUGUGAGAAAGAGGUCUUGGAGCUCCUGUUGAGCAAUCAGCCCUUCAGCAGUGACCCCAGACCAGCUUUCUAACUCCUCUGGCAGCUGGGGCACUUAUGUGGUUGGCAAGUGCAGAGACUACCCUUUGAGACCCCAUGGGGACAGAGAGAUACUCAUGCAUUUGCACUAAAAUAUACAUGGCAGCUGCAUGGACUGGCCUGGUUGUAAUGAGCUCGUAUCAAAUGUGGGAAUAGAGAGCAGCAGGGAAGGAUUGUGUGCCAGAAGCCCCUCUGGUAUUGGUGAUCAGCUGGGUGUUGUCAGUCACUGUGGUGUUAACAUUGAGAGAACUGUUCAGGGCUUUCAGGGGACUUGAAAUGGCCCCAGGUCAGAGCCCUCCGUUGAGGAAGAUGCAGGAAGCAGUGUUUUCCUGAGCUGAGGGGGAGCUGCAGAUGCUUUUAGGUAGUUUCAUUUCCAACUCCGGGUGUCCCUGUCAUCUUCUCGGGGAACUUCUCUUGUUUUAGUUUGCUUUACCCAAAAUAAUACUAAUCUGGAGUUGGAGAAACGGGUGAUUAUUUUUCCAGAUUGGAGAGUUGAAAGGCCCUGACUGAUUGCAGCCUUUUUUUCCCUAGUGCUGUUGGGUAUGGAGGCACUGUUGAAACCCCUUGAACACAGUUCUCAGUGGCAAACUCUGGAGGCACAUAUUCCUAGAGAAGAGAUGACACAGGCUUUCUCCAGUGCAAAACCUCCCCUUUAAAUAGUGCUAAGGACUAAUUGUUUAAUGAGUUUAUUUAUAUAUAGUAAAUAGGAGAACUAGGUUAUGUUUAUAUGAAGUUCUAUCCAGUUAGUGAAUUAAGAUUUUAGUAAAAUAUCCAUGCAGUUUUCUUAUUUCCAUAGAUGCCACCAGUGUGUCCUUUCAACUGCCUUUGAUUUAGAGGAAGAAUGAGAGCUUUAUGUGCUUAAUCUGUGCUUAGUAGGACUUCUUUGCAUAUGUGUGGUACAGAAAAUCUUAAUAUCCAUCCUCUUUUUAGGUUGUCCUUCACAAUUUUUGACUAGUUUGUUUUUCUUGACAAGCUCUUCUCAUUGGAUAUACAGGCCUUCUGAGAGGAUCCAACCUAGUAUCUGGAUCUCCCAGCCUGUGUUGAGGGUAGCUGGUUCUUCUGUCUCAAUGUCCACUAGCCCUAGACUUUGUUGCUGCAGAUUGAUCCAGUGGGUACGUAGGCUAAUGACCGUGAGUCUUUUUCCUUGUUUAAAGGAGUCCCUUUUGCUGAAAGUAGAUGAUUACUAUUGCUGUAAUGUUAAGAAAAUAUUAAGUUUGUGCUGAACAUCCAUUGCCAUUUGGUACAAAUGACAUUUGUUCUUUCUGUGAAAGAGAGAUGCCCUUGAGUGUGUUUGCACACAAUCUCUUAGGAUGGCGAGUUGAAGCAUCAACUUCACGCUGGCUCAGUGACAAGCAACGUCACAAGGACAGCUGUAGGGAGAUUGGGCUCUUCUAAGUCAUUCUUGUCAGUUGCUCCAUUGGUGACAUGACCCCUUUCCCUCUUCCCACUUCAGUCUAACUUUAGUGUUUGCUCUGAUAUCAUGUGUUAAAGCUUGUACUGCUGUGGAAGUUAAUGUCUGCUCUCCGUCAGGCUCUGCGAGGUACAUGUGUGGACUUGGAGCAUGCACACUUAGCGCCAUAAUCAGUAAUGUUUCACUGUGUUCAAACACAUCUACAUAAAGUUUUCAUUUGGAAAAAGAAACCUAUUAGUUUUAUGUCCUAAAACAAAAGCUGCUAAAAAUCAUAGGGAAACCAACUGAGGAGGAAAGGUGACUAAGUGACUGAAACAUGCUUCUGCCCUGAACAGCCCACUUGACUGUGGGCCUGCACACAGCCCUUCUCUAAUUGCUUUGAAGGUGAAGCAAGGCCUUUGAGAGAAGAAAUGGUUAGAAAAAACAUUAAGCACUUUCUCUUUUUGCAAGUUGGUGAAAACAGAUUCAUCCAGGGAGCUUUAUCUUUUCAAGUAUCAUAUUCACUCUGGGAAACCUUGUUUUCCCAUGUUUUAGAGCAUGCUGGGUUUUAUUUAAAACUGGUUAAAAUAAAUGUUAUUUCCAGGUGGAAAAUGACUUUUGGUUUGGUUUGAGGGUAAGAAAGGGAAGGGAAACUGCUCUUUAAUUUAAUAAUUACGUUCAGCCAAUGAUGAAGUAUUUGAUUAUUAGACAGAAAUAUCACUAAUAAGUUUUCAGUUGUCUGAAAUUAAUUGUAAACAUCAAUACAGUACUCUUUAGUUAUGGUAAAGACGUCUUAAGAUGAAUGGCUCAUAUUUUGGUGCAGUGUUUGAUGUUCAAAACAAAAUGUUACAACAAUAAACAAACAAACUCUGAGUG